GGCAGGCGACGCGCUGCGCAGUCUGAGAGAUGCCAGCGAAAGAUGAGUUAUUAGGAUUAUAUGGGUAACUAAGAAAGUGAAGAACGGGCUUUUGUUUUCCUAAACGUAACAAAAAACUAUUACUCGGCAGCACCCAUUUGUGAAAGUAACAGAAGACGACAACAUCCAGUGCGUAUGAAUUGGGUUAGAAUUAAGAGCGCUCCCUACAACCACCUGGAAGCGAAAGAAUUUGUCCAACCGGCAUGGUAAAUCUGUCUCAGCUGCGCAAAAGAAACUUCACCCAUGAGUUGUGAUGCUCACGACACGGCACAUGAGACGGGUAUUGGAUCAUAGCCUCAGUCGAGGAGUUUUACUACAAGGAGUUGCACGAGGAAUAUCUGCUGCGAAAGCCCGGCGGCCAAGCAGGGUUAAGCGGCUCGCAGCUCGUUCAGGGGCAGCGCCUUACCGAUGCACUGUGAGGGGUCAAGAGGGAGUUUUCUUGCAACUUUGUCUGCACUUCUCAAGGCCAACAAAGGGGAUGGGUAUCCGGCCGUCACUUUCAAGGAACUACUGUUCAUAGCAAAGAAGGAAAAAAGUAAGCCAAACACAGCGCGGAAGGGAAUCGCGAAGCCGGCCUCGUGAUUUUUUGGGCUGCGCUCCAGAGUGUCCAGUCCCACCUGGAGCGUCCAGCCCCACCGCGCCCAUAAGGGAGCUAUAAUAUUGACCCCCGUGUUAUCUUUUCCAACGUAAACAACGUCUCGGAGUCGAAUUACCCGGGAGGAGCAGGCGACUAUUGGCAUUUUACCUGUACCUGUCGGACACAGGAGCAGCGCUGAACCCCGACUCACUGGGAGAACUCCUGGAGAAUCGCGCGGGCCAGUGGACCUGCGGAUUUACACGGGCUUCUGGUUUGGCUUUUUUAUUGCACGUUUGUGGUUGUCUGUCGCCCACUGAGGAAUGAAGGCGCCGAGAAUGGCAGAUGCGCGGUGUCUUUGGAAGUAUUACCUGGGGAUCUUGAUCGCUGUUUGUCGGGCUACCUUGCCUUUGGCCAAAAUCCUGGAUCCGGUGUCGUGGAAUUCUCACAACCCCAAUUUUCUGCCUGGCAGGGGCUUGGUGAUCUACCCUGAGAUCGGCGACAAGCUGGACAUUAUCUGCCCCAAGGGUGACGGGGGCCGACCCUAUGAGUAUUAUAAACUGUACCUGGUGAGGAAGGCACAGGUAGAGAGUUGCAGCACUGUCAUGGACCCCAAUGUUCUGGUGACAUGCAACAAACCAGAGCAAGAUAUCAAGUUCACCAUCAAGUUCCAGGAGUUCAGCCCCAACUACAUGGGCCUGGAGUUCAAGAAGAACGUUGACUACUUCAUCACCUCCACAUCCAAUGGGACUGCCGAAGGACUGGAGAACAGAGAAGGGGGUGUCUGUAGCACAAGAUCCAUGAAGAUCAUCUUGAAAGUUGGGCAAGACCCCAACGCAGUGCUGCCUGAGUCAUUAAGCACAACUAAGGCUAAAAUUGAAGCAGACAACACUCUGAAAGCCCCAACCACUAGUCCUGUGAAAAAUGUUUUGCCGGAUGGAUCAGGGAGGCAUCCCAUCAAGACAGGGACAGUUGACCAGCGUGCAGAUGACAAGUCAACUCCUGGAGAGGGCAUCUUUGGCUCCAGAGCCGCUCUCUUUGCAGCAAUCGGGGCCGGCUGUGUCAUCUUCAUCCUCAUCAUCAUCUUUCUCAUCGUCUUCUUGAUAAAGAUGCGAAAACGGCACCGAAAGCACACUCAGCAGCGGGCAGCGGCCCUCUCCCUUAGCACACUGGCCAGUCCCAAGUGUGCUGGAAACGCCGGCUCCGAGCCCAGUGACAUUAUCAUCCCUUUACGGACUACAGAGAACAACUACUGCCCUCACUAUGAGAAGGUGAGCGGGGAUUACGGCCACCCUGUCUAUAUAGUCCAAGAGAUGCCACCACAGAGCCCGGCAAAUAUCUACUACAAGGUGUGAGGGGGGGAGAGUGCGGCAGAUGAGGCUUUAGAACAACUCUUAGAACAACAAAUGGAGGCCUACCUUUUACUACCUAGACCUUCUGAUGCUGGUAGACAUCCCCUCCUGCACUGCUCUCGUGGCCAGGGAGAAACCACCUGAGAUGACAAAGGAGGUCUGUGUGGAGCCGGCAGACAAAAGCAAUUUCCCAAGGCCCUUGGCAAUUUUCCUCUUCCUCCUAACUCUGCCUCCUCGGCUCACUGGCCCACAGUGCUUUCUCGCCCUCUUCUCCUCCUCCUCAUGCACUUUUGAGCCCUUUAGAAGAAAGGCCGGACACGUUUGCAACCCUCCCCAGACUGUUUCUGAAGAGACCUGAGGGUUAGGGGUGGGUUGCUGAGGGAGGACUUUGGGCGGUCUGUGGCCCUCAUAGAUCAGAUCGCUCAGGGAAGGAUGCCUUCACAAACACCUGCAGCAAAAUGCUCUCCUUUAAUGAUAUAUGUUUACCUUUUUUAUCUGAGUUUAUGGUUUCCCCAUCCACCAUGGACCUUCAUUUGGAAAAGCAUUUUUCAUUUGCUUUGAUUUUCAUAAUUAGCUAAAAGGCAUAACCUCAGGCUGAAGGGUUUCUGGCAAUCAGUGGCCUGUGGAGCAAGCUUCUUGUGAAUUUCUCUUAGCCGUUUGAAAAAGAGAAACAUCAAAGGAUGGAGUGGUUGGUAGGCGACGGGCAGCAUGGCUCACGAAGGGCAAAGCCUUUGUGAUAUUUUCAGAAGGCAUAGACUCAGAUUGGCUCAGCCAGCCCUUUUCGUGGCCAGACGAACCAGCGACUUCAGAAUUUGGGGGUUUUUUGUUUGAUUUUUGAACCGAAGGAUCAGUGUCAGGUUUGAUUAUUAUAGAUGGCUAUCCGGUGCCCACCUCUCACCACCGCAACCCCCCUCUCAGUAAGAUAAUAGUGGGGAGUGCUGCUGCUCUUAGGGCUCUAGUGGCCAAACCCUUUUGUGUGCCCUUAAAGGGGCCCCAAGGGCCACGGGGUACACGUGAGGACCCCAAGGCUGAGUGCAGUGGCACAAUGGCUGUGUGAGGCCUGAGAAAUGGAGAACAUGUGUUGAGCUCCUCACAAUGAGCAAAGUUCUAAUGUACAGGGCUUGGCAGGAGCUGCCGCCGCCUAUUGAAGUGCAGAGUAGCUCUGCCAGUCCGAGAGAAGCAGCUUUUAUGAGGAACAUUUUAAAAAAUAAUUAAAACGUCGGCUCCUUUUACUUUGCGAUUUAUAGGUUUAAUUGUCCCAUUUUGGGGUCAGGAUUUCUUUUUUUUUUUUUUUUCACAACUAAAUCUAUAAACUAGAAUAUCCUGCUUUGGAUCUGGGGUAUAAUGCGAUUCAGCUGACGUAUUGAAGGGCACAGUGCGCCAGCGUAGUGGCCCGUCUCUCAGGUAAUCGCCCUCAUUUCUGCUGGGUCUGCGCCAUCUGUUAACUCUGUGUGCCACUUUCCUUUGUUUAAUAGCUAUCCCAAGUUUUGUUAGAUAUUUACCCAUAAAGUGAGUUUUUAUUACGUCUUAAAACAGAAUUACGUACAAUUUGAUUUUCGUGACCGAGGCUGCUAUUUAACACGCUGGGGACUCUCGGAGGUCCCGUGUGCAGUUCCCCUGAGCCUAGAGCCUCACCUCGGUCAGCCUGCCACGUCAGUCCACAGUUACUCAGCACCUUUGUUGUGGCCUCUUGCAUUGCGUUAUUUUCUCUCUUCUAACAGCCUGUUAAGUGGUUCCUUUGGUGUGGUCUCCAUAUUAGAUGUCGUUUUUUGCAGGCUAUCACAUUGGUCCGCUACUCCAUUUCUUCUCCAUAGGCCUUGUAUGUCGGGUUCGUUUGAUUGAUUACAGUCCAUUUUGAAGUUGGACCCCCAUCUUUGAACCCUUUUUCACCUGAUCCUCACAAUCCGUUCUUGUGCCUGUUUGCUGCUGACUUCCACAGGGCUUCACCUGGUCGCCAUGUUCCUGCUGCUUUGGCCUCUGUUACGGGCCGCUUCUCUCCCUGUACACCCUGCCAUGAAAGCCAACGGAUCGCGAGCCUGAGACGCGGCCGCACAGUGCUGCUGGACCUCUGCGUGGUCCCGUGGUGCCAAAUCUGCUCCUUCAGCGUGACAGCGUUUUGUUUACAGGCUGAGUGGUCGCUCAAGAAUGUGUGCCAGAGGCCUCCUGGGGCCAGGUGGGAUUAGGGGUGGGUGGGUUUCCUCUGUAUGUACGCUUUAUUCAAAAUAGGAGAACUUUCUGCUUUAUCAUUUAUCAGCAUUUUAUUGUUCAAUUAAAUUUUCUGAUAACCAUUUCCUUUUUUUUUUUUUUAACUGUUUUAUUUUGUAAAUCUUGGGAUUUGCACACUGGCUAUGAAACCUCAACGGCAGUGUACAUAUGUGGAAAACGUUCAAUAGCAGCCCAUUUACAGAGAUAUUAAAUUAGCUGUUUCUUUUUUUCCUCUUUAUUGCAAAGUUUUUGUAAAUAGUGGUCUUCUUUUUGAGCAAAAAGACAUUUUGUAUAAACAUUUGAAUAAUUUUUCUUGUUUGCUUUUGUUAGAAAAUAAAUAAUUAAAGAAAUUAAAAAAAAAAAAAAAAUUAAUUACCCAACAUGCUAUUCAGAGCGGUGUGCGGGUGACUGGAAAGCGGCUCCAUCCACCGGGCACUGCCUGCCUACCCGCCUGCCCAGCUCCACUGACUGCAGGCAGGAGACGGGUAUCGGCAUCACUUGCAUCCAACACCAGUACUGUAAUGAUUUGCUUGUGUUAUCUCAAUGCUGUAUGUGACCCCAAACGCAACUGACCAGUGCAGACUGUGCACGGACCCCACUUAAACCAAACUUACACCCGAGAUAGAAAGAGCAGGGCAUAGGAAACCCGGGAAUUGAGUUCCCCCAAAAAACGGGUGACCUGAACAGUACUCCCAGAUUGGCUUGAUUGUUUUAAAAGCAGUAAUGUGCCAUAUUUGGUGGGGUUGAGGGUGUGAGGGGUCCGGCAGUGUGAUAGAAAUCAGCAGCCGAAAAAUGGCUGCAGUGUGGGAAUGGGAUCCUUCAUGGAGAGAGAGAGGGAGGCCUGACUGAGAUAUUUAGUUUAGCUCACGUUUUAUAUGGUGCCCUCCACCGAGCUCACCAUCGCAGCGAUGGUGCAGUAAAGUCAUAGAACCAUUUAUACCCUAGCAGGCCGCGUGGACUUGACAGCUCCGAGCAAAUCGCUUAACCUGCCAGUCAUCAGCAGGCACGUACCCUAAUGUAAUGGAAAUUUAAAAUAAUAAUGGUCAUUGGGGGCUUCGCAAACGUUGGCUCAACUGUUCCCAGAGGAUGACGUGUAACCAGCCUGCAUCGGACCACUGGACUGGAUGUCACUGCUUUCUAAUCUUACUGCUGGACUGGUGGGUUUCAGUAAGCUGGCUGCCCCACCUUUAAAUUACUGACCCUACUUGACAAGACUUACUGGCCUGAAUGGCGUCCCCAUGCGAGUCUGAAUUGGAUUUGUGUGGCUUUGACAAUAUUUGGGUCUUUUGAGAGUGGGGCCAGCCAUUGUAAUAUUGAUAGCAAUUUAAAGAAUGCAUUUGAUUUGAUGUGGCUCAAACCACCGUCUCCUCUAUCAGACACUAAAUAAAUGUAGGAUGCGCUGCUGUCUUUGUAUCUGCUGCCCUGUAAAUGGUGCCCCUCACUCAGCUGCCAUCAUGAUGGGCAGUGUUUAUCAGGAAAGGGUCCUAGUGGCCUAAGCCAGCAAAGUCCAACAUUAGUCAGAAAUGGCUGUGGGAAAGCUGAACCUUGGCACAUGCUGAUCCAGGGGAUGCCACCCUGAGAGGAGCAGCAAAUUGUGUUGUGCCUUUUUGUAAUAACACUAAAGAGGGGGGGACGCCGGACUGGCCCCUUCGUGUAUUUCCCUGGUAGGUUUAAUCCUCGACUUACUGACUCCACACGAAGCGCUGCUCUCCAGGUUCCCUGCCUGGCGUGGACGGGCGCAGCUCUGUGCUGGUCACUUGCUCCCUCACGGUUUUCUGGCCCCCCAGCUCACACAGUAUUACAUAUUGAGCCCCUGGUGCAUUUGUGUUCUUGGUAUUUGCUCCUUGAUUUCUCUCUUUAUUUUCUCCCCCCCCUCACAAUGCAGCUUUUUUAUUCAGUACAUCAUAACCAGUCUGCAAUGGAAUUGAUGUUCCAUGAGCCAAGUUAAAAAUCUGAUAUUGCAUAUUGAUAAAUAAAUUUUUCCUAUGGAAA